AUGUCGUGGUGGCAAGCAGCCCUUGUGUUGGCGCUGCUGGCGCCGUGUGCGAGCAGUUCGGAAGCGCCAUCGAACCUGGUGGUUGUCGGAGGGUUUCCGACAUGUGGCAUAUCAUACAUCUAUGGCAUUCUAGAAUCUCAUCCCAACAUCGUCACCUUUUCAAUUCAGAUAGGUGCGCUGCCCAAUCUGCAGACGGAGUUUGAGGAGUCGGCCUUCGCUCUGGCGAAAGCGCUGCAAGUCCCCACAGGCCGUCCCUUGCAAGAAGUUUGCCAGGAGUUCAAACCUCAAGCGCCGACCUUCAGAGAAUGCGGUCGUCUCGUGAAGACGAUCAGGGGCUGGUACAACACGUCCAUGCCAGCGACACUGGUCGUCACAGACGAGUCCUUCUUUGACAAGCAGAUGCUUGCAUCCCGCUGGCCGGGCAAAGUCAAGCUGCUCUUGUCGGUGCGGGAUCCCGCGGACUUCCUAUGGACAGCCUACAACUUCUGGGCGCUGCCAGGGGAGCCGAAAGCCAACAACCAGGGUACCAGGAAAACUCACGUCCGCAGCCCGGAGCUGUUCGACGAGUUGGUUUUGGCGGACGGCAAGAAAGAGGUUUGGGCACCCAGGGCCAACAAGAUCACCGGGCAGUGGUUCGACCAGAUCAAGAAUGUGAAGGAUGUCUCCGCAAACCUCCUCUUCUUGAAAUCUGAGGACCAGUCAUGUGUUGUUUACACGAUUAUGUGA